AUGGAGGUGCAUAAUGAGACGCAAACAGAUGAAUAUGAUUAUUAUUACACAAAAGACUACACUGAAGGUUAUCCUGAUGAAAGCGAAAUAGAAUAUAUCUGUAACCUGAAUAUCAACCGUGAUAUGGAGAUAGUCAUACAGACCUACGUCCAUUCCUUCAUCUGUGCAUUCGGUCUCUGUGGCAAUGCGUUGGUGAUUGUCACAUAUGCCUUCUACAAGAAAGCCAAGACCAUGACGGAUGUGUACCUUCUGAACGUGGCUGUAGCAGAUCUGCUGUUCAUCGUGACCCUGCCACUCAUCAUCUACAAUGAGCAGCAUGACUGGAGCAUGGGCUCAGUGGUCUGCAAGGCCCUACGAGGAGCCUACAGCAUCAACCUGUACAGUGGCAUGCUCCUGCUGGCCUGCAUCAGUGGAGACCGAUACAUCUCCAUCGUCCAGGCCAGGCGCUCCUUCGGCCUCCGCUCCCGGACCCUGAUCUACAGCCGCCUCAUCUGCACAGCCAUCUGGGCUCUGGCCAUAGCCCUGUCUAUCCCCACAGUCAUCUACAACAAGCGGGUUGAGGAGACCAACAGGUUGGGGGAGACUAUAGCCGUGUGCCAGGUGCAGUUUGAAAGUAACAAGACCGCCCGGCUGAUAAAGGUGCUGGUACCCAGUCUGCAGAUGACCAUGGGGUUCUUCCUGCCCAUCCUGGUCAUGGUCCUCUGUUAUGCCAGCAUCAUCUGGACCCUCCUGAGGGCCCACAGCACCCAGAGGCACAAGGCAAUGCGUGUGAUCCUAGCUGUGGUCGUGGUCUUCAUCGUGUGCCACUUGCCCUACAACAUGGCCCUGCUCUACCACACAGUGUCUCUGUUCCACGAGAGGGGGUGUGAGGGGGAGAACGUCAUCCUCACCACCCUCACCACCACCAGGAGCGUGGCCUACCUCCACUGCUGCCUCAACCCCAUCCUGUACGCCUUCAUCGGGGUCAAGUUCAGGAACCACUUCAGGAAGAUCCUGGCGGAUCUGUGGUGCCUGGGCAGGAAGUACAUCUACCCCUCGGGUCGCUCCUCACGCAUGACCUCUGACCUCUAUAUCCCAGCUCGCAAGUCCACUGACGGAUCCAACAACGAGAAUGGCUCCUCGUUCACCAUGUGAAGAUGGGAGUAGGUUGAGAUUGCCUCCAACUACAGGAAGUCCAGUAGUGACUGUUAUAUUCAAUAUGAGCAUUUGUUUGAUGCUGUAGCUGCAGUACAUGGUAUUUGUAAUAUGGAUGCUGAUCAUAAAGUAUUGAAAUUGCUCUAAUGUCCAAUAUUUCUCUUUGCUUAUGUUGGGGAUGAAUCAGAAUUCGUUGGGUAACAUUGAUAAAUAAGAUGUUUUAUAUACAUAAUAUGCUUAUGUGAGAUACUUGUCAUUAGAAUGUCUCCCUUUGGACUAUACUGUUGACAGUUGCACUUUUCCCUUCUCGGCUAGGGCUCAGUCACUUGGGGCCCAGAGAGGGGAGAGGUCAGGCUUGUCUUUUACAUGUCUGGUAAUAUCCAGAAUAUCAGAAAGGAAGAGGUCAGAAUGGAACAUUGUCUUCAUAUGUGAAUGUAUCUGUUAAACCAUGUGAAAAGAUGAUUAAGGGGGAACCAAUUAUCCCUUGGCUCCACAAUGUCUGUACUCCAGUCACUCCCUCCUUUUCCCAUUGCCCCCCAAUUGGAAAAGGAGUAUGGCAGUGUCUGGAACCAUUGUAUGGUUGAUGUUGCACUUAUCUUUCAUAGUAUAUGACCUAGAGGCUCACUCCCCUCAGUGAGCUUGUCCAGGAGUGGGGUGUAAUUUGAGAUGGGCGUAUCUAAAGUUCACAAUUGAUAUAUGCCAUUGGAUGAGGUAAUGUUUUCGUACAAUGAAGUACCAAGAACGAGAUUAGAACCUCG